UUCCGAAGGAAAAUCCAAUUAAUUAUGAAUCCAAGCCGAACCAAAAGCACAAAUGAUUGGACAUGGAUUUACACCCCUGAUUUGAGCACCGGAACAGGGACAAAACCCGAGUCGGAAUUAAAGUGCCAACCAGCCGGUACAUCGGUGAACCCGUGAGUAAUUAUUUUCCAAUCAGGAAGCGAAGAAAGCGCGUAUCCAUCCAAAAAUAUCAAACACGCUGGAACUUUCCCUCCCAAAUUCCCCCAACGAGUUCGUAUCCCAAUCUGAGAACUAAAACACGGUAAUUAACACCAACCUCCCUUAAUUUCGCUCGUUAAAUGGGUAACAAAGACAAAGAACUCCAUCACCCACCCUUGGAUCCCAAUCAAACGGAUAGAUCUCGGAUUCUGUAAUAAAUUUCUGACCACUCCCCUUCCAACGCCGGUAACCACAGGUACAUUUAAACGCCAAUCAAAGAUCGGAAAGAAUCUUCUUCUUCUCACCUUUCCCACCGGUGUAAAUAGGAGGGAGAGAGCAAGCGGUUUCGUUGCUUCUCACCGCUUUUCUUCUUCGGUUCUCCGCUGCAGCUUCUCCUCCUCUUUCCCCAUGAAAGCCAUGGGGGACCGCCCUUACCUCUCCUCCAACCGGAACGCUAACGGUGCUCGGACCCUCAACGGCAGCGGAGCCACCGCCAACGGCGGAUCCGGCCGUCCCCCUGCCUUCCCGGCUACGAAGGCCCAGCAGUACAGCGCCACCCGCCCCCUCCCCCGUCCGCCCCCCCGCCCCCGCCGGCGCCGCCGAGGGUGCUGCUGCACCUGCUGCCUCUGGCUGACUCUCCUCCUGAUCGGCCUCAUCUUCCUCGCCGCCAUCGCCGCCGGUGUCUUCUACGUCCUCUGUCGCCCCCAGCGCCCCAGCUUCUCCGUCGAAUCCUUCCGCCUCUCCACCUUCAACAUCACCUCCUCCAAUCUCCUUACCUCCCGCCUCGACCUCGCCGUCUCUGCCCGGAACCCCAACCGGAAGGUCGUAUUCCUCUACGACGACGUCGCCAUCUCCGCCUACUCCGACGGGGUGGUCAUCGGGCAGGGCUCGUUCCCGGCGUUCGUCCACGGCACCGAGAACACCACCGUCCUCAAAGCCACAGUCUCGAGCUCGCGGCAGAGCCUGGAGCCGGGAGAGGCAGCGGAUCUGACGAAGAGGAAGAAAUUCCCGCUGGAGAUCGAUCUGGAAACGAAGGCCGGGGUCAAGAUCGGCGGGUUCAAGUCUAAGAAGAUCGGAAUUAGGGUGCUGUGUGACGGGAUCGAGGGCCGCGUCGCCAAGGGGAACCCGGCGGCCGGCGCCACCUCGCCGGCCAACGCCCGGUGCCAGGUGAAGCUUCGGAUCAAAAUCUGGAACUGGACAUUCUAGAGAAAAUAAUUCUAUCAUGAAUUUAAGAUCAUUAAAAAAAAAGGUCAAAAAAAGGUACAGUGGACGGUUUAGUUUUUUAACAGGUUUCUUUCUCUGUUCCUUAUCUUUAGUUUGUGGAAUAUAUUUCCUUUUUCAUUCCUCUAAAACUUCAGACGAGCUGUUGCUUGUUGUGGAUUGAAAUAAUUUAUGUUCUUUUAUUCUCUUUCACUGAAUUGUUAUUUGUUAUAUAAUAAUUUAGAAUUGGAUCUUAUCUCCAUCUUUAUUAGCUCACAACUGUGUUUUAUUAUCAAGUAAAGAAUAGUGGAAGAAAUUCUGCGGUGGGCA